CACGGCGCUGGAACCCAUGGACACUUCCUAUCCCCGUGAGGACCCCCGGGCUCCAUCAUCCCGCAAGGCUGAUGCUGCUGCCCACACGGCCCUCUCCAUGGGAACACCGGGCCCUAUGCCACGAGACCAUCUCCUGUGGUCAGUCUUCAGCACCGUCUAUCUGAACCUGUGCUGCCUCGGUUUCCUGGCGCUGGUCCACUCGGUCAAGGCCCGAGACCAGAAGAUAGCUGGGGACCUGGAGGCUGCGAGGCACUAUGGCUCCAAAGCUAAAUGCUACAACAUCCUGGCGGCAAUGUGGACAUUGGUACCCCCAUUGUUGCUCCUCGGGCUGGUGGUGACCGGAGCCUUGCAUCUGUCCCGGCUGGCCAAAGACUCUGCGGCUUUCUUCACCACCAAGUUUGAUGACGAGGACUAUAACUGAGAGUUCCAAGGUCACUGAACCCAGGUGCCCAACACCAGUUCCUGGGAGUUAGAGCCUACCACAGUACCUUGGUCCCUGCCCAACCAUGACCCCAGAGGCUACCCUCUUGUCCACCAUGUGUAUUCGACACUGACCCACUCAGACCCCUUAGACUUUACCUCUAACCUAGAGGGUCCUCAGUACCUGACUUUGCCCGGUUUCCCCCACUUACCAGGCUGCGCCUCCAUUCAUGAUUAAAGGUGGCAGAUUCCAGAAA